AUGGGAUCAUCCUCUGAGGAUGGAUCACAUAUCAACGGUAAGGACUUCCAUCCUCCAAUCCCCCUGCUUGGCCCCGACUCACGUCCCCGUCAGCUCUGUGCCUUAAGCACAGUAGGAAUAGCCACUUCCGGCCUGGCUCUCGGUCGUGUCGAACGCUCCAAGCCCAGUAUCUUUCGGCGAAAGACGUUCUCCUAUAAUCAGCCCCCUCCCACUCCUUCAGAACUACCGACCCCGGUCGAUGCGCGACCUAAGACCGCCUGGCGCGCCCGACCACCCACAGCGGGAGCAGAUUGGACGACUCCCACGGAGAAAGCAAUCGACGGGCAUGAUGGCUUGUGUCGGGAUCCGUUGCAGGACCCUGACCUGCGGCGGGCACCGUUGUCCUUUAGUGCGGCGAGACGUCGCCGUCGCGGCCAAACACUAACUAACCCGCCCUUACGAAUCCCUGAGAAUGAAACCCCGGAAUCGAUCGAGUCGCGGGAGUCGCACUCACGCCGUCCAUCGACAAGUUGGCUGCGUCGACUGUCGAUAGUGUCCUUCCAAACGGAGAGUCCCUCAACCAACAGCCCAGUAACGCCAUCCUUUAAUGGGUCUGCAAGCCCUAUCCUUCCCCGUCCGUCCAGCUCGCGUCGAGCGCCAAACAAAUUAGUCAAGCGCUCAUCCUCACAACAUUCCAAUGCCAACCCUCUCUUUUUCAAUACGUCGGUGUCCCCCGUGUCUGCUCUGCGAAGGCCGGCGACCAGCCAUCAGCGAUCGGAGUCGAUAGGGCCCCAGUCCCCUCUUGCCAUGGAUUUUGGACCCCAUUUCCCAGAGAGUUAUCCCAUCGAGUCGCCCAUGAUGGAGGAGUUUGCAAUCAGUCCACAGAACAACUGGAGACCAUACCUACUGCCAAAAUCAGAGGGCUUCUCAGAGAAGCUAGCCCGAAGGCUGUCCACAACCGCAAGUCCCAAACCUCCAGGGGUGCGGCGAAUUAUAUCCGAGCAGGAUACACUUCCAGCUCUUGUGCUGGCAACCACGAUCACUCCCCAAACGUCCACACCGCGAGAGGAUCAAUCGGUGCCUGUGACUCCCAUCACGUUUUGUAAUCCAUUCCAGACAGACACAGAUGUUGCUGCUGCAGCUCCUCUGCCUCCACCAGCGCCAGAAGCGCCGGCACUGGAAGGUCCACCGCCCGAAAAACCAAUGCACAAGCACUCGUUCUCUCUGAAUGAUGUCGAGCCGAAAAAGAUCAUUGUCAAUACGGUGACCGCGUCAGGCACUCCAAUUCCUGGACGUGCUCGUGCUGGGUCCUUGAAACGGGUCAAGGGAAGGACCUUCUCCAUCCCCCGAUCAGAGCUUGCAAAACUGCACAGUGUCAUCCCAAGUUCCCCGCAAGCCCCGCAACGCCGUAAUAUCACAGAUCCCUCGGUCUUCCGCCGCCCACAGGCUCUUUCGCCACCAGGACUGGCUGUUUCAGCCUAUGGUAGGGAUCAUCUGAUGGCUCCUCGUUCAGUCUCCCAGGAUUAUAAUGUGGGCAUUCGUGGCCAACACCCACUCACCUCGGAUGCUGUUGCUCUAUCUACGUGGCAACAUUCCGCUCGACCGGAUAGUUAUACAAUUUCCUCUCUCCGCCGUCGACCGAAACGACAUUCCAUUGCGGCUUCAGAUCCCUCGUCUACUGUUAUAGGCUCUGAUGACACGCGUGUCUUCACGUCGAGCGACGAAUAUGAGACCGACAUCAUGACCGACUAUUGGGAUUCGCUUCGCACCCACGAGACCAGUGGUGGUGGAUUGAAGGGGUUGCACAUCGAGACAAUGUUCGAAAAGGCGGGUGCACAUCUGUCGAACGAGGAAGUCGCGACCCUGGAAGAGCUGCUUCCACGCGGUUCCUUCGCAUUACGAUUGGAACAAGACCCCCCUCUCUUCCCGGACUCUCUUCUCCCCUCUGUGGCUCAGGCCCGCCUCGAUGAUACCACAUCGAUACCAGAGGGUGAUGCCGAGACUGGAGGCAUGAUCGGAGCAUUGCCGGGGGAGUCCGAUGGCGCUCCGCUCCGGUCAGCCCUCGCCGUUUCUGUAUCCAGUGCCUCGGUAGGGCACGGUGGUUCUUCAUUUGCAAUGCCCCGGGCGGGCUCCCCUGUUGCACAGUUACAUAUGAGCCAGAAGAUGAAUAUUUUCGACUGGUCGGAGCAGUCCCGUCCUGAUCGUGAUAUGUCCGACUCCGAGGCGCGCCCACGCACGAUGCAGGGGAAACAAAGUGUUGUGAACAGAGGAAGCCGUGCAGCGUGUCGGAAAGUGCCCUCAGCCAUUCACCUUCGGAGUCAGAGUGUGCCUGUGGCAAGGGAUCUUCCUGCGAAUGAAUCUCGUCAACCGUCAGGUAAAUUCGGCACCUGGGGAUUGGGCACCAAGGGUGUGAGCGAAGACUGGGACAGCGACUUCGACUUUGACGAUACCGAGGAGCCCGCUGCUAGCCAGGACACCAAAAGCACUGAGUCCGAAGCCGCUCCUCAGAGCAUGAUGGUUCCCAAGGCUAUUCUUGAACGACAAGCAAGUCUUCGAGGUCAGUUUGGCCAAGUGCAGGAGCUCACGCUGCUCGUGGAAGAACUGAAACGUCUGCGGCAUCAAGCAAGCAUCCUGGAUCUUGUGAGCGGGCCAUCGAGUGAACUAUGGAAGGAAGCAGAGGGAAUCGUCAAUCUCGCUACCAUUGAUGAUGACGACGACCGCCGUUCUCCUCCCGGGUCGCCGUCUUCGCUGACUUUCAGCUUUGAUGACUCUGAUGACGAAGGUGCGAACGGUGCAUCAAAACGCAACAGUGACGCUUCCUGGCAAAGCAAUCUCCAGCAGGAUCGCCCGUUGCAGACCGCGCCGUCCAGACAGCCCAAGAAGAAUACCGAUGGUGGUUCGUGGCAGGGUUCUCCGCAACAUGAACCCCGGCUAUAUAAUUCCACCCUCGGACAACUUUCCAAGGUCUCUCCGAAAUCGAAAUCUGUCCUCGACAUCCUACAACCCAGCCGCCACACCGAGGGCUCCGGCCUGUCCGACUUGACUCCACCCCCACGCACUCAAAAACUCCCCUUUGAUACCCAAUCUCUCCGCGAUCUCGUUGUUCGGGCCGGGGUGGUCACUCGCGCCUUGAAGGAAGUCAUCCGCAAGGCAGAAGGUGUUGAUCCAAGCCCGCAAAAUGUGUUUCCAUCUGAUCCUCCCUUUCGACGGAUAUUCGAUCAACCAUCUCAUGACGAUCUUGCAGGCUUUGAGGCCGCGUUGGCCGAGAUGCACUGA